AUGGUUGAAUGGACAGACUUUGAGCGCAACACCAUUCAGGACAUCUUCUCCAGGAUUGAGUAUGAUGUGGUGGGCCCUGCAGCUCUUGUCAGGUGUCUGGUCGUCUACCCCUGGACUCAGAGGUAUUUUGGCGGCUUUGGAAACCUCUACAACGCCGCUGCGAUCAAGGGAAAUCCCAUGGUUUCCAAACACGGAACAACCAUCCUCAACGGUCUGGACCGGGCUGUGAAGAACAUGGACGACAUCACGAACACCUACGCCGAACUGAGCGUGCUGCACUCCGAGAAACUGCACGUGGACCCCGACAACUUCAAGCUCCUGGCCGACUGCCUGACCAUCGUGGUUGCUGCUCGGCUGGGUAAUGAGUUCACUGGUGAGGUGCAGGCAGCUUUCCAGAAGUUCCUGGCCGUGGUGGUGUCCGCCCUGGGAAGACAGUACAAUUAGAGCUGCGACGCGAGACCAUCAC